UUACACUUGGCACAAUGCAGUCAGGCAAGUACCAGUAUCCUGGCAACUGCCAAACCCAGGCACAUCCAUUGGAUUGCCAGACAGAGAAGUGUUGGUCACUCCAGAGAACAUGACUCUACUUCUCUAGAGUCCAGUGGCGGCUGGCUGAGUUGCAGUUGUUCCCACUUGCUUCCAAUUUGUUAUAACACCACUAUUAGUUGACUGCGGAAUAUUUAGUAGCAAGGAAAUGUCAUGGGUGGACUUAUUGCACAGAUGGCAACCUAUCAUGGUACCACGCUUGGAGUCACUGAGCUCCUGAGAGCGACCCAUUCAAAUGUUUGUGGAAGCAGUCUGCAUGCCUAG